CAAACCAUUAGAGUUCGUGUCACUCAAAUAAAUAAGUUGACUUGGCUGGCCUGUUAUUCUCCCAAAAGAGUUUACCAGAUUACCCGAGCUGUGACUUGAAUACUCCUUUUGAACAAAGUGUACAUGAGGAGACGAUAUCUCUCCCACGAUCCACUCUGAAUUAUAAAUUGUUCCCAAUUAUCCAUCGUGUAUUAACCAACUCGCUCCGGUUAAGUGAUACGUAGGCUCCUUAAUCCUCACUUGACUCACUUCUUCACCCACACCGACGCGACAUGGUUGACACGCCACUCUCGUGGAGAAAACUUUGCAAUUUCUUCCCCCGCAUUUUCGCACUACUUCUUAUCCUCACGACGACGGGUUUUAUCUCACCGGUCACGCCAGCCUCCGUCCAAGCCGCGUCGUCAAGACUGGAGAAUCAUGGCAUCGAGUCGCAUCCUCACCCGUUCUACGCGUACGGUCACAAUGAGACGGAUCGAGUGAGCACGAAUGUCACCGUGAUACAGUUAGAGUCAGGUCGUGAUCAUGGGGUGGACGAGGGUGACGAGGAGUCGUCACUUUUGGGGAGGGAUGACCUCCUAGAGUCGUCCCUUGGGGCGGCGUCCCUCUUCCCAAGGGUACACGCCCUUCGAGUGGAAGAGUCGACCAAGCCGGUGACCUAUGAGAAUGCCGUGUCUGUAAUUGUGGCCGAGUCGGAGGCAGUGAUUCGCCUCUUUGGGGAGGGAUUUGGACCAAAUAUGGUCGUCAAGUUUGUCACUGAUGUGAGGAAAGCGGGGUCGGAUUGUGAUUUCCUGUCGUCGACGAGGUCAUUUGUGAUUGACCAUCCACUCAACGACACGAUCCGACAUGAUAAGAAGCGAUACUCUGCUACUGUUAAAAUUAGUCUGCCCCGAUUAAACUAUACAAACCAGAGGUUUUAUCUUUGUGCGAAGGAUAGUGAUUCGACGCCAUGGGUGCAUCAAGGGACGGAGGAGUUUGUCUCGAUGAAAUCUUCCGUUAAUUGGCUCCCACUAUGGGCUCACAUUCUCCUCCUCGUGACACUUCUGCUCUUAUCGGGUCUCUUUUCUGGCCUCAAUUUAGGUCUCAUGGCGAUGGAUAUAACAGAGCUGAAAAUUAUAGAAAAAACGGGGACGGAGAAGGAAAGAGCUUACGCCAAAACUGUGCAGCCAGUCCGUCAUGCAGGCAACUACUUACUGUGCAGUAUCCUCUUCGGAAAUGUCAUGUUUAACUCGACCCUCACCAUUUUAUUGGACGACAUUACCACGGGACUCAUUGCCGUUAUCACUUCCACGCUGGCCAUCGUAAUUUUUGGCGAGAUUUUGCCUCAGACAUUCUGCUCUCGACAUGGUUUGGCUGUGGGAGCGAAGACAAUUUAUAUUACAAAAUUCGUCAUGUGCGUCACUUGUCCAUUGUCGUAUCCUUUGAGUAAACUGCUCGACUGGAUAUUGGGCGAAGAGAUUGGAAAUGUUUAUACGCGAGAAAGAUUGAAGGAAUUAUUAAAGGUUACGAAAGACCAUCAUGGUCUGGCUAUUGAGGAAGUUGGCAUUAUUUCUGGGGCAUUGGACAUGAAGACUAAAACGGUGAAGGACAUUAUGGUUCGACUUGAAUCCGUUUUCAUGCUCCCGAUCGAUGCAGUCCUUGACUUUGAAACCUUUGCUUUUAUCGAAUACCAAGGAUACUCUCGAAUUCCCGUCUACCAGGAGGACCGUUCCAACAUUGUUGGUCUACUCAACGUUAAGCAACUCACUUUAUUGGAUGCCAACGACAACAUUCCACUCAAAACUGUGAUUGAGUAUUAUCAGAAUCAGUUGUUCUUCGUGUUUGAGAAUGCACGACUGGAUUACAUGUUCCGCACUUUUAGAGAAGGAAACAAGGGCCACAUGGCGUUUGUCCAGCAAAUAAAUGACGAAGGCGAAGGUGACCCAUUUUACCAAACCAUUGGCCUCGUCACGUUCGAGGAUGUAUUGGAGGAACUUCUACAGGCCGAAAUUAUGGAUGAGAGCGACAUCGGAAAACAAGAGGCCCGUUUAUCCCCCAACAACACUGACCAACAACAACCAAUUAAACCAUUAUUCAAUUCGAAACGCAAGCCAAAAGUGCAUGUCGAAAUUCCAGCUCCAUUUGCCUUGGCAGCUGUCCAGUUUUUGAGCACAAAUCGGAAAGAAUAAAUAUUUAUGUAAAGGAAAAGUGUGCACUUUACUUGCACGAUAAUAACGAUGAUAAUAUUCCAGAAUAAUUUUAUUACUUGAAAAAAAUACAAUUUUAGUCUUAGACAAUGCAAAUCUGGUCCAGAUUAGUUAGUCAUUUGAUCGAUCGAUGUUGGAUCAACGACGAAAAUAUAAAUUGUGAUGGGACAAGAAUAAUAAUAAUUAAUAAUAAUGUAGCAAUAAAGUAAAUGAUUUCUGA